GGCUUGUGUGGGCGUGGCUCGGCUGCUCCUGGCCCGGGCUCUAGGGGCGGAAGGUCGUGGCGCCGGCCGUCCGGCUGGAAGAAGCCUCCGAGCUUGCAGAUCCAGGCACCGCCCGAGAUGCGGACCCCGAGGCCGUAUGCCCAGACAUCCCCCAGGCUGCCCACAUAGAAAACGCAGACUGAGCUGGAAGGCCGUGUGUUUUUCCACUCCGUAUCUGUGCCAAGCAGAGUAGCUAGAACAAGGAGGGACGAGACUCUCUUCCCGUCAACAGGCACUGGAGUGGCCAGCCCUUUGCAACUGAAGCAAGUAGAGGGCUGUCUGGUCUGGCCCCAAGGGGCUGAUGGCAGGCAGAUGGCUGGAUCUGCGCUGGGCGCCUGGCUUCCUCUGUGUGCCUCUGAUAAUGGAGACAGCAUCUGGGGCCAGAGACCCAUCCAUGAAGGCCCAUGAGUACAUCCAGUUUUCAGCCCAAGGUGUCAACGGGACUGCCAUGGCAGAUUGCCGAGCCGUGUGUGGCCUGAACACUUCUGACCGCUGCGAUUUUGUCAGGAUGAAUCCCGACUGCCACAGUGAGGGAGGCUACCUGGACUACCUCGAGGGCAUCUUCUGCCACUUUCCCCCCAACCUCCUCCCUCUGGCCAUCACCCUUUAUGUUUUCUGGCUACUUUACCUCUUUCUGAUCCUGGGAGUCACCGCAGCAAAGUUCUUCUGCCCUAACUUGUCAGCCAUCUCCACCAAUCUCAAGCUCUCCCACAAUGUGGCAGGUGUCACCUUCUUGGCCUUUGGGAACGGAGCCCCAGAUAUCUUCAGCGCCCUAGUGGCUUUCUCAGACCCACGCACUGCUGGCCUGGCCAUUGGGGCUCUGUUCGGUGCAGGGGUGCUGGUCACCACUGUAGUGGCCGGAGGCAUCACCAUCCUGAACCCCUUCAUGGCUGCCUCCAGGCCUUUCCUCAGGGACAUCGCUUUCUACAUGGCAGCUGUAUUCCUAACUUUCACUGCACUCUAUCUCCGGCGGAUCACGCUGGCGUGGGCACUGGGUUACCUGGGCCUCUAUGUGUUCUAUGUGGUCACAGUCAUCCUCUGUACUUGGGUCUACCAACGGCAACGUAGCAUGUCUCUGGUCCACUCCAUGCCUGAGACACCAGAGAUACUGUCUGAUUCUGAAGAGGAUCAGGUGUCUUCCAACACCAACAGCUAUGACUAUGGAGAUGAAUACCGGCCUCUGUUGCUGGGUCAGGAGACCACUGCCCAGAUCCUGAUCCAAGCCCUGAAUCCCUUGGACUACAGGAAGUGGAGGACCCAGUCAAUGUCCUGUAGGCUCCUGAAGGUGGCCAAGUUGCCUGUGGAGUUCUUGCUGCUGCUCACAGUACCCGUCGUGGAUCCUGACAAGGACGAUCGGAAUUGGAAGCGGCCACUCAACUGUCUGCAGCUGGUCAUCAGCCCCCUGGUCCUGGUCCUGACCCUGCAGUCGGGGGUCUAUGGCAUCUAUGAGAUUGGUGGCCUCCUUCCUGUCUGGGCUGUGGUGGUGAUCGUGGGCACAGCUCUGGCCUCAGUGACCUUCUUUGCCACAUCUAACAGAGAGCCCCCUAGACUUCACUGGCUCUUUGCCUUCUUGGGCUUCCUGACCAGUGCCUUGUGGAUCAAUGCAGCUGCCACCGAGGUGGUGAACAUCUUGAGGUCCCUGGGCGUGGUCUUCCGUCUGAGCAACACUGUACUAGGGCUCACCCUCCUGGCCUGGGGGAACAGCAUUGGAGAUGCUUUCUCAGAUUUCACGCUGGCCCGCCAGGGCUACCCUCGGAUGGCAUUCUCUGCCUGUUUCGGUGGCAUCAUUUUCAAUAUCCUGGUGGGUGUCGGGCUAGGUUGCUUGCUGCAGAUUGCCCGGAACCACGCCACAGAGGUGAAGCUGGAGCCAGAUGGACUGCUGGUGUGGGUGCUGGCCAGCGCCCUGGGACUCAGCCUAGUCUUCUCACUGGUGUCCGUGCCGCUUCAGUGUUUCCAACUCAGCAAGACCUAUGGUCUCUGCCUGCUCCUCUUCUACGUCACUUUCCUUAUUGUGGUCCUACUCACAGAAUUUGGGGUGAUUCACUUGAAGAGGGUCUGACUGAAGCUGCUUGGCCUGGUGGUUUAGGGGUGACUCCCCUGGCCUCCUGAUGGGAGAACUGGAGGGGGGCCCUCUGCAGUUCCUGUGUAGCUCCCAAAAGGGUGGUCUAUUAUUGCCAGAGCAGAGAGCUCCUCAUGGAUAACAAGGUCCUGAAUGCUGGCACCCAGCAGCUUUAGUCUGGGGAUUUGGAGGCUGGCUUUGCUGGGGACCACCCCAGGUGGAAAGGAUGGGCCAGUGGGGAGGACAGCCUGUUGGCUCCCAUCACUGCUAGGCUUUGGGCAGCAGCCCUGUGCCUCCUCCUUAGGCCCUCCCACAGUCCACAGUGUCAGCUGAGUCCCGCACCAGUGUUGGCUGAACAGACCCAGCAUGUUGUUUCUCAGCUUCUCAUGUAGUGUUACAGUCAAAGGAAACAGGUCAUGUUAACCGUUGUACAUGGUACUGAGCCACAUGGUUCAAAACCACCUGGCCCCUACCCUGCCCGACAAGUGACUGCUACAUUGGACCAUGGAUCCAGACUCUUCUAGAACUUUGUGUUCGGAAUUCUGGCUCCCCAGUCUACAAAACAGGAGCCAGCCUGGGCCCUGUGUGCCUACCUCAAGGGGAGCCAGGGGGAGUGCCCCCCUCCACAGGGGCUUCUUGCAAGUGGUGUGACCAGCCUUUUAAAGAUGCCACUCACUCCCUGACUGCUUUCAGCUGUAACUGAGAAACUUGAUUGUUGGUUUUUAGUCCCCAUCCCCUCCCCCCCAAAAAUAAAAAGACGAGCUAUUUUACUCAUA